AUGGUAUACCGUUCACGACUUCCCGAGAUCGUUGAUCUCCUGCGUAAGGAUGGCCGAUGUGAUGAGCUAAGGUUUCGAAGAGAUCUCCAAACAUACUGGCCAGAAGUACGUGCCGAAUUUCAUGAUUUAUUGACUCCUGGUCAGCAAAACGAAUUUUGGCCAUGGUUCCCGUUCCCCUGGGGACAUAUAAUUAGAGCACUUGCAUAUGCUUCCAGACCCUGCCGAUGGGGGUUGUCCACCGCACUCACUCAAUGUCGACUUUAUGUUAUUUGGGAUCCCUCCUUGUUCACUAUUUGCGACCGUUUUGGCGAGAUGCAAGCCAGAGAAAGUGCCAUGCAAGUUGUACCAACAACUUCUCAGUCACAUAAUUACGACAAUCGUCGUAGAGCAGAUGGUCGGAGUCUUCAAGCUGCUACUUUGAGAUCUGCGAUCUCACUUCCACAAACCGAUGAUAGUCAAGAUCAUGAUUGUGAAGAUACUCGUGACCAAUAUCAUGAUAGUCAACACAAUGAUGGCCAACACGAUGAUGGUCAAGAUAAUGAUGGUCCCAGCGCCGAAAUACUGGCAGCAAAUUCUGCACCGGAAGAUGAUGACAUUUGUCCCAUUUGUCGCGAAGGAUAUUCUGAUGCCCAGCCUUCAGCCUCACUCAUUCCGAAUUGUGGACAUUUCUUCCAUCUGGAUUGUAUGGUGCAGUGGAUUAACUCUAAUUCUAUUGAUGGUCAGCCGAGAGAUAGGUGCAUCUGCGGUCGUAGAAAAUUCACUGGAAUUCUUUCUCAAUUUUAUGGCGAGCGCAACGACAAUGGGCCGUUGAUUAGUGAAGUCUUUCCGAGACGAGCAAUUGUGUCCAUGACAGAUGAUGAACUAGCUAGACUAGCUGGGGCAUCCCACGUAGGCGAAUACACACCCAUUGAGACUAAUGAUGGGACGGCUAGCUAUUUGGAGGUUCCUCCUCCCGGACAAGGGGCUCGUAACAACCAGGAUGAGUCGCAGGACUAA